AUGUCGCGCAGCCUCCAGCUCCUGCUCCUGAGCUGCGCCUGCAGCCUGGCGCCAGCUGCGCGGGAAGUGAAGGCGGCUUGUUCCCAGGAUGUGGACCUGCCUUGCACCGCCCCCCGGGACCCACAGGUGCCCUACAGGGUCUCCUGGGCCAAGCUUACAGAGAGCGGUGAAGAGAGGAUAGAGGUGCAGAACCAUCACCAGAUGAAGCAGGAGGGCCCUUAUGAGGCCCCCAGUGAAGGGCUGUAUUCCCUGAAGAUUCGAAACACUACCAGCUACAGCUCGGGCACAUACAGAUGCACUCUGGUGGGGCCGGAAGGGCAGAGAAACCAAAGUGGCAUAGUGACCUUGGAAGUGACAGGAUGCCAUAAGGAGCGCCGAGAAGCAACCUUUAAGAAAUACAGAGCUGAGAUUGUACUGCUGUUGGCUUUGGUGGUUUUCUACUUAACACUCAUCAUUUUCACUUUUAAAUUUGCACGACAACAGAGUAUUUUCCCAGAUUUUUCUAAACCUGUAAUGGAACGAGCAUUUCUCCCAGUCUCUUCCCCAAACAAGCCUGUGGAGCUAGUGACUCUUCCCAAGACAGAAGUGGUAUGA